AUGGUAUAUAACCCCCGUUCCUUCACCAUCUCAUUGUCCGUUCUACAGCUUAGGCAACAGAACACUGUCGGACUACCCAAGCUACACAAUCCGGAUGUUGCCUCCAAUCUUACUGUCUCUAGCAAAACCACAUCAUCUGUGUCUCUAACCUGGAAUGAGCCACCAGGGAACAGGUCCUACUUUACAGUACAGUGGACUGAUGGCAGUGUGAAAAACAGCAGUAACACUUCAACCCCAUAUUACACUGUCACUGGUCUGACUGCUGGAGUGAACUACACGUUCACUGUUACUGCUGUUGCUGCAGAUACCCAAACUAAAGGAUCACCAACUCAAAUCUCAGCAUUCACAAAUCCGGAUGUUGUCACCAAUCUCAUUGUCUCUAACAAAACCACAUCAUCUGUGUCUCUAAACUGGAAUGAGCCUAAUGGGAACAGGAGGUACUUUACAGUACAGUGGAAUGAUGGCAGUGGGAAUAACAUCAUUAACGCAUCCUACACUGUCACUGGACUCACUGCUGGAGUAAAAUACACAUUCACUGUUACUGCAGUUGCUGCAGAUAACCAAACUACAGGAGCACCAACUAAAAUCUCAGCAUCCACAAAUCCGGAUGCUGUUACCAAUCUUACUGUCUCUAACAAAACCACAUCAUCUGUGUCUCUAACCUGGAAUGAGCCGCCUGGGAAUAAGUCUUACUUUAUAUUAAGAUGGACUGGUGGCAGUUUGAAUAAGAGCAUUAACAUUUCCACCACAUCUUACAAUGUUACUGGUCUGACUGCUGGAGUGAAUUACACAUUCACUGUUACUGCAUUUGCUGGAGAUGGGCAAAAUGGAGGAGCAACAACUCAAAUCUCAGCAUUCACAAACCCAGACAUUGUCAGCAAUCUAAGUGUAUCUAACAAAACCACAUCAUCUGUGUCUCUAAACUGGAAUGAGCCUAAUGGGUACAGGUCCUACUUUACAGUACAGUGGAAUAAUGGCAGUGUGAAUAACAUCAUUAACAGUUUAAUCACAUCUUACACUGUCACUGGUCUGACUGCUGGAGUGAACUAUACAUACACUGUUAGUGCAGUUGCUGCAGAUACCCAAACUACAGGAUCACCAACUCAAAUCUCAGCAUUCACAAGCAAUGGGGAAAUCUCCUAUUAUGUAGUCCAAUAUGAUAAUUUUAGUACAAACAUCAGCACGACUACUGAAUUCACCAGGACUAACAUAACUAAUCUGACUCCUGGAGUGCAGUACACAUUCAAAGUGUUUGCAGUUGUUGCAGAUAAUAAAACAGAAGGAAAUUUCAACUACAUUUCUGCCUACACAAAACCUGAUGUAGUGAAAGACCUGAGUGUGAUUGAAAUCACAACAAGAUCAUUGUUUCUGAACUGGACUGAACCAAUUGGAAAAAGAUCUUUCUUUAAAGUACAAUGGAGCAAUAACAUCACUUUAAAUUCAACAACCUCAAACACUUUCUAUAACAUUACUAAUCUCAGUCCUGGAGUCAAUUACACCAUCCUGAUAUCUGCUGUUGCUGCAGAUAAUAUAACAGAAGGAGGAGCAAUUGGUCGUUCAGUCUUUACAAAGCCAGAUAUUGUGAGAAAUCUCAAGACCUCAGAAGUCACAACUACAUCUGUAUUCCUGAGCUGGACUGAACCAUUAGGAAAUAGAUCUUUUUUUAGAGUACAGUGGAUAAACAGCAGUACAACUCCUAAAACUUCCUUUAACAUCACUGGUCUAACACCUGGAACAAAUUACACAUUUACAGUCUCAGCUGUUGCUGAUGAUAAUAAAACAGAGGGAUCAGUGGUUGGCCUUUCCAUUUGCACAGGUACAAGUCCUGUCUUUAACAUAAGCUGUGUUGGACCAAAUCGUACUGCAGCAGCUUUGAAUUUAACAUGGACGAAUCCUCCAGGCAACAACCAAGGAUUCAACAUCAAUCUCAAUUCUGCAUUCAGCAAAUUUACUCCUUUUUGCAAUCCUGUCUGUAACUAUUUUAUUUCUAAUAACCUCCAAUACUUCAACACUUACAAUCUGACUAUUUCAACCCUUGGAUGUGGUGAGAUUGGCUCAUGGGACUUUAAGUGCAGAACAGGUGUUACAGAUCCACCAGUUCCUGGAAAACCAGAAGAUGUAGUAAUAAAAGUCACUUCAGUUUGCAAGACUGCAGUAACCCUACAAUUCAGUAGCAACCUUCUAAACAGUGCAAAUGGACCAAUUGAAGCCUAUGGUGUUCUGCUGUCAACUGAUCCUCAAAGUAAUAACUCCAAGACUUUUCUAAGAAUGACCUAUAAUGACUGGUUACAAGAGAAGACCAAGACUUAUCUUACAGUUUUAAAAUUAAAUAAUAAUAUAAUUACCAAAAGCAACAUGAUACUGGUUGAAAUUGGAAAUGACAAAGGCUCAGAUGUAAUCAGUAAUGAAGAUUUUAAAAAUGGACCUCUCUCUAACCAGUACUACAGGGUAGCCCUGGUUCUGUUCACCUACUUGAAAAUUAGAGACGGACUUGUGGACAUCCAGCAAUCAAUUUUCUCUGUAACACCUUUUUCCUGGAUUACUGCAAAACCAGUGGACUCUCAAUGUAAAAAAAAAAUUCUAUCCUCAGCAUACAUUGCUGCAAUUAGUCUGGGACUGCUGUUGCCCUUCAUCAGCCUUUUAACCAUUUUUUUCAUGCUUAGAAGGUACCGGGUCCACUGCAACAAUGAUCAGGUUAGAACAUCAACUGAAAGUGAGUGGAAAAAGCACUUAUGUGUGAAUAGUGUUGCUGCGGUUAUUAUCAUCCAAAUUAUAAUGAAAUAAACUUUUAUUUGGAAAUGUGUUCACAAGGCAGCAUAACACUAGAUGGCAUUGCAAGCAACCGUCUUCUGUACACAUGAUCUUGUGCCGUGUCUCCCACCCAGACAGUAUGGGCAAGAAGCAGAAAACAUGCUUUUAUACAUAUAAUAUGCUUACAAACCAACUGGACAGGGUUUUUUAGUUUGUGUUUGGUUCUUUUUUCUUCUGCUUACUCACUGCUACACCAAUGUGUGUAGAUUGUUCUGCCUUCAUGCCUUUCCAGGCAGUGUAUUUAUAUACCAAGCGUUAUUUGUCUUUGAUAUUUUGAUUAAUAUUAUAUAUAGGGCUGCAACAACUGAUCGAUAAAAUCGCUAAUAACCGAUAACGACCUUCAUGGUCAACGAAUGCCAGUGUCGAUUAGUUACUGCUCAAGUUUCGGGUUAACAUGACAGCAAGACAACACAGCCGCUUGAAAUGGCAAAGUACAGAGCCAACCGGUGUUGUGCCUAAUUCUGCCCCCCCUGGCUGAAGUACACCCUCCUUUGUGUGCACGCUGACAGUACCGUUGUGUUUCCCAUAGAUGGCACUUAAAACACGUAAAGUUCUGUCAAGUGCUUCCCUGAUCCUCACACCAAACGUUCAAUUUGGAAAUACGACGGUACUGUACGUGUGCACGCGAAGGGGGGUAGACUUCAGCCAGUGGGGUGGAAAUUAGGCACAACGCCUGCAGCAAGAACAAGUGCGCGUCCCAAGUUAUACAAGGCCUGGGAUCAUUUUAUAUUAAUAGCAACAAAGAAGACUAUAACCUGCAAGUUAUGCAAAGCUGAGUUUGUGUGGUAGGAAGUACCACCAUGAUGAACGAGCACAUGAAAAGAAAACACACUGGUGUCACAGAAGAAGGUGAAACAUCGGCCCGGUGAGCAAAAACUGUAUAAUCCUCAUAAUGUGAAAAUGGUAUAUUUUAAUUAAGUACUAUUGUGUAAAGUUUGUUUGCUUACUUCGAGACAGACACACUCGAUCUGUUCUGUCGUGACUCAUGAGCAUCAGGUUGCGCAAUUAGCUUGCUCAUAGCAUAGUCUUUUUCUUCUUUCGGCUUUCCCUAUUAGGGUUCGCUACAGUGGAUCAUCCGUCUCUAUACCACCCUUGCUCUCUUUCAAACCAAUUAUCUGCAUGUUUUCCUUCACCACAUCUAUAUACCUCCCCCUUGGCCUUACUCUUUUCGUCUGUCCUGGCGGCUCCAUCCUCAGCAUUCUCCUAUCAAUAUACCCCAUGUGCUCAAUCGUGCCUCCCUCACUUUGUCUCUAAAACAUCCCACAUGCGCGGCCCUUUUAAUAAACUUGUUUCUAAUCCUGUCCAUCCUCGUCACUCCCAAUGAAAAUCUCAACAUCUUCAGCUCUCCUACCUCCAGCUCCACCUCCUGUCGUUUGGUCAAUGCCACUGUCUCUAAUCCAUACAACAUCGCAGGUCUUACCACAGUCCUAUAAACUUUCCCUUUCACUCUUGCAGAUACUCUUCUAUAACAAAUCACUUGUGCCACUCUUCUCUCUUCUAUAUAUUUUUUUAUGCAUUGUUGUCAACUUACCAUCUGCAGUUAUCAUUUAAAACAAUUCAUGUUGUAUUUUUCUUUUUUUUUUUU